AUGUUAAAAGGUCGUUCUCGACCGAAGUGUCUGGUGCUCCAAUUCUCUGAUCGACAAACAUCCCUUGAUUCCAUGAAGAAGAAAUUACUUCAGAACGCUUGGGAGAAUCAAUUCCUUGAAUUAAGUAUUCUUGAGAUUGUGGGGAACUCAUCUAAGGUUCAGUACUAUAAUCCGUUCACAAACAUUUACUUAUCGAAAAUGUGCUUAUCAAAAGUAGGACUCUUUCCGGACAAACUUCGAAACAUGAAUCAUUACCAGCUGACAGUUUCAGUUUUGCAUUACCCCCCAAAUGUUUAUAUUGAAUACGACGAAUCCGGUUGUCCAGUUAACUUUUCCGGAAGUGAUGUACUUUUGCUAAAUGCUCUCGCGAUGAAGAUGAACUUUAAUGUUAAGUUUGAGGUAGGUGUCAAUGUAAAGACAAAAGCCGUUUUUUUCAUGGAGCAAUUACAUUUAAAUAAGCAUCAAGUCUUUUUGACCCGAACAAUGGUACAAAAUGUUGGUUAUGCUACGUCUCUGGAGAAUUGGGUCACUGGAUUAGGAAGUUUUCACGCUGUAUCACUAAAAAUGGAAAAUCAACUUGAUUUUGUGGAAUUGAAUGUCAUACAUGCACUAUCCCAAAUUGUAGUGUUUUCUGUUAUCCUAUGUCUGCUGAUAUACGUGUUGAAACAAUAUAGUAAUGACUGGAAUUUGUCUUUUACGGCGCAGGUUAUACUGGGUUUCACAGUUCCUCAUGUGCCUGUAGAUUGGAAAGGCAGAAUCAUAUUUGCUUAUAUUGUCAUUGUGAGUUUCGUAUACUCUUCAGCGAUUUACGCCAUGCUCACCGACAUCAACUCACAACCGGCCCCAGUGCUGCAACUUGCAACAUUGACUGAAUUGGAUAAAUCAGGUCUGAGACUUGAAGUUGAUCCUACUUUAAUUAAUUGGAUGAGCAAGGAUGUCCAAAAUUUAGACAUGGUAAAGAAAUGUCAAACUCUAUUCACCAGCACAGAGGACUGUGUUCUUCAUGCUAUCGCAGAGAAGAAUGUAAGUUGUGUCAUGUUAAAAACACAAGCGAAAUGGUUCCAUUUGCGCUUCAAGGGUGCCGAUGAAACUACUUUAAUGGCUACAGUGGAAGAACCCUUAGUCACAUCAGUAGAAGGAUUCUAUCUAGAACCAGGAUCUCCUUAUGUUACGCGAUUUCGUAGUCUCCUCUUGCGAUUGAUGGCGUUUGGUCUCUUCGAAAAGUGGAAUACUGACGUUGUACCAAGGAUGCCUCUCAUAGAGAGAAACAAAGAAGUGUUAGAUAUCUUGUCGAGCAAUCACAAUCAACUUUUUCGCAUUCUUGUAACUGAAAUUCUAGUUGGGUUUCUCGUCUCAGCCAUCGUCUUUGUAGUUGAAAUUGUUGUAGCGAAAAUCAAUAAAAGGCGAUUGUAA